UAACAUUCAAAGAUUUUACGUUUUCAAAAUUCCUUUAGUUAGAAUCCAGAGAUGUUCGGGUGCGGUCUAUUGAUGCUUUGUGGUGGAUUAAUUUUCAAUUGUUUAUAAGAAAAUUAAUUACAGAGUGAUAGUGGUGAAAAAAAAUUGUAUAAUUGGGUGAUAAUAUAGUGAAUAUAGUUCAACGCCACACAAUCUUGAAGACAAGUUGGAAAAUAGUGACCCGUCAAAAGGGCCUAACAUUUUAUCAGCGUUAUUUAAACAGAUCAAAGUUGAAGUUUUCGGAAGAAGCUAUGCUCCUCCAAAUACCGCUAUACAGACAAACUUGUCUUGAAUGAUAGUGCUGAUAAACUACUUAAUAUUGAAUGUAGUAGACACUAAUUAAAUACCCGGAACUUUCCCACUGGAUGACGUGUGUGAAUAAUUAUUAAAAUAUGUUUUAAACAAUCAGUAUACAGUCAUCACCUAAACAUUCUUUAAAAACAGCAGAAUUAACCAAUAAUAAAAAAAACCAAAAACCCAACAUGGAAUCUCCAAAACCCGAGGAAAAAACUACCGCACUCGGACUAUUACGAAAAGUUUGGCACCAUCGAAAGCUUCUAAUUAUUGAACCUCUGCUGCUAUGCUGGUUACUACCGUCGUGUUUGCUGAUAGUUGCCGUCCAAAAUCUAGCAUUGGAAAAAGCAUGCCGAGUCAAUUUGGGAUACGAUGCGGACGUUUGCAAGAGUAUGUUGGAUAAGGAAUUGUAUGGGAUUGAUUGUGACGCUCUGGGAUUAACGGAGGAAUCAAAUGAAACAAUGAUGGUCAAUGACACUCCUCCAAUGCCGGAGAAUAUCACGAUACUUACGGAUCUUAAUCAUACAGUGUGCAAAGCAGAAAUCGAAACACAGAAGCAAGUCACUUAUAUCAACGCAAUUAGAGGACCAAUGUCGUCAAUAUUCCCCAUUAUUGUGAUUCUAUUUGCUGGAGGAUGGAGCGAUCGGAGAGGAGUGAGGAAACCUUGCAUGCUUUUUCCAAUGAUAGGGGAGUUUGCUUCAGUGAUUGGAUUGCUUAUAACUUCGAUAUUCAUGGACGUAAUUCCUAUGGAAUUUGGUGCGAUAAUAGAAAGGGUAGUACCAUCUAUGCUGGGUGGUCAAACCUUAAUGAUUAUGGGAAUUUAUAGUUAUCUAACCGAAAUUACCGAAGAGAAAGAUCGAGCCUUCAGGUUUGGCAUAUUUGCAGUGUGUGCGAAUAUAAUACAAUUAGUUGGAACACCAUUUAGUGGAACGUUGUUUCUUCAAUUAGGUUACGUGAAAAUGUACAUAAUUGGUGCUUGCAUAUUACUUCUGGGCAUAUUAUACUUGAUUUUCUUCAUUCCCGAGAUAAAGAAAAAACCAAAAGCAGAAGAAACAAAUGGCAACAUCAACACCACCUUCGAAAGUGGUGGAAAGACAAUUGCAACUUUAGAAAUAGAUGACAAAAAGAUAGUUUUAAAGCCGAAGGAGGAGGCAGAACGACAGAAAAAUUGCCUAGUUGACUUCUUUGAUCCGACUUCAGCUUAUGAAUGCAUCCAGAUCUUCGCGAAAAAACGAGCUCAUAAUCUUCGAACUUACUUAAUUCUUCUUGUUAUUUUACAAUUGCUAUUUAUUGCGCCAGCUAUUGGUGAAGCCGAUUAUUACUACAACUUUCAAUUGCUCCAACUGAAAUGGAAUGGAGAAAUGUUUAGUUACUACAAUACUUAUUCUGCUGCUCUUAAUAUUGUUGGAACAUUCCUCAUGACAGCUGUGCUGAUAAAAUUCCUGAGUUUGAGCGACUCAAUGGCCGGUUUUAUCGCAUCCUUAGGAACUGUUAUUUCAAAACCACUUUUGGCUUUUUCGAAGGAAGCCAUCCUGUACUACGUUGGAACAACGGUUGAUCUUUUCAUCAGUUGUAAGGCAAUUGCUGUCAAAUCAAUAAUUUCGAACUUUGUCGAAACAGAAGAACUAGGCCGGUUAUAUUCAGUUUUGGGGAUAACAGAAGCCCUCAGUGGAUUUAUAUUUCCACCGCUCUACAGCCAGAUUUAUUCUUCAACAAUCGAAUCUUUUCCAGGAGCAUUUUAUCUGUUUUCAGAAAUUUUCUUAGUUCCCACACUUUUCAUUUUUAUUGCUGUUUACAUCUAUUUGAGAAAACAGAAAAAGAGGAAUCCAACGGAUACACCCGAAAAUGGCAUUGAUAAUCCUGCCAUGGAAGUCGAAUCAACGCGCGUAUAAAAAGGAAAAAUUAUCAACCAAAACCGGGGCCAAACGUGCCAUCUCUAUUAUUAGACUGUGAAGUAUUAUUUACUAAUCAACUUACUCUAGAUUGUAUAAACUGUAAAUGUUACAAUGCAUUAGUCUUAAAUAUGUACUGCUAGUAGCCGGGUGUAGAUGUAAAUGUUUAUAUAUAUGUAAAUGCUUAAAAUAGAAUAAUUUCAUAAUAUAAUAAUUUUAAAGGUACCACUCAUUUAAGAUGAAAGCUAAUAUUUUCCUCGCUCAUAGCAAAUAACCAUAUCUGCCCUAUGCAUAUACUUCCGAUAUGAAUAAACUUUCCGAAGGAAUCCUCAUAUAUUGA